UGGUUGGAUGUGUAUUCCUUUUUUUGCGCCUUUGUUUUAUUGGAUUUUUUCUAAUCAAAUUUCAUUAGUCAGGUGCACUGGUGUUUUAAAAUAGCGGAUUCGUGACCUUAAACUAAGUGACUAAGUCGGUGUUCGAUAUCAAGUCACUAAUACACUGUACUCAAGAUGUCUAGUGGAAAAGUGCUUAUAAAACAUGAAUCACAAGCGUCUUACAUUCCGACUUGGCUCGAGUGCCACAGAAAACCGGUUUCGAUGAUCCUCAGACUGUAUUCUAGUUUUAUCCUCUUCUGGGACUUCUGCAUUAUAUUGGUCUAUUUUGCGCUGCAACUUGUACGUUCACUGUAUCAGAUGGUGAGGCCACCGAGACGGAAAUCAGUGGCAGGAGAAAUCGUGGCGAUUUUUGGCACCAGUCGCGGUGUGGGACGUGACUUGGCGUUUCAAUUAGCCGAACAGGGCGCCAAGGUGGCCUGUGUCGAUAUCAACACAACGGACAACGACGCGCUGGUCCGGAGUAUUAACUCCACCGGCUACAUUGCCCAUGCGUUCGAGUGCGACGUGACCAACAAGAAUGACGUAAUUCGGACAACGAACGCAAUCGAAAAGACGUUCGGCCCCAUCACGAUGCUGUUCCACUGCUGCGGUGUGCCCAGUCCACGUUCUCUGAUUACGGAUGCGCCGUCCAUUCAGGCCACCCUGGAGCUGAGUGUCGUCUCACAUUUCUGGCUCCUGGAAGCGAUUCUACCGAAAAUGAAACGCCACAACCACGGUCACAUUGUGUUCCUCACGUCGGUAGCGGGCCUGAGUGGUGUGAAGCACCAAACGCCACUUUCGGUUGCCCAAUUUGCCGUGCAGGGCCUAUUCGAGUCGGUACUGGACGAGCUUCGUAUCGAGAAGUUUCACGGUAGCAUCCAUACCUCGCUGGUGCAUCUGUAUCCGUUCGUGAUAACACCCAAGUGCCGCAACGACAUCCGGAUGCGCAUACCGUCCGCAUUCGGGACGAUUUCGUCUGAGGAAGCCGCCCGGCGGAUCAUCGCUGGCGUCCGGCGGAACCAGCUGGAGAUUAGCAUUCCCAAGUAUAUGCUGCUGCUGGGACACGUGGUGAGAUUAUUGCCCCGACGGGCCACUCUGCUACUGCGAGAGCUGUUCGAUACCGGAGUUGAGUUUUGAGAAAUGGUUCCGAUAGGGACGGACGAGGGAACUAUACAAACCGAUGCCAUAUUGAUUCUAUUUGUUUUUUGUUGCAUAGAACUCGACAUUUACCAUACCGAAGAUUGAUAUUUUGUGUUCACUACUAACACAGUUGAAAUGUAUUAUAUAGUAAUUGCUGUUACACGGAGAUCAUUUGAUAGCGCGAAUAAAG